GCCGUGGACCCCAUCCGCCUCAAGUACCUGCUGAAGCAGGCACUGAGCAAGGGGCUGAGCCGCGGGGACCUGGUGCGACCCCACAACUCAUCUGCCAUGGGGGCCACUGGCCGCUUCAAGUUAGCCCCAGAGAAGCAGCGGCACAAGCAGCCACCGGGCCAGGCGGCUCCCAACAGGGGCCAGGAGGCUCCUGGCAGAGGACAGGCCCCAAAGCCAGGACCAAAAGGGACCACCAAGCCCCCUCAGGCCUCCAUGGCGGGUGUGCGACAGCGAGCCCGGGCCCCUGGCAAAGGGCUUUCAGGGCCCCCUGCAGCUCCGGCUGCUGAGGAUGCAGGAGGAGGCGAUGGCCACAGCCCCGCAGGUGCUGGGGCAAAGGGGCCCCGAAAGGCCCCUGUGGGGAAGAGCAAGGCAAAGGCGCCCAAGGCGGCACAGCAAGAUGCCCCCAAGGCAAAGGCGAGUCAAGGCAAGGCGAGGAAGCCCCGGUCAGCCCUAGGAGCUGGCCAAGGGGAGGCCAGGCCUUGGAAGGCAGCCCCCACCUCAGCAGGCAGGAAGGCCCUGUAG